AUGAAAGGCUUGGUCGACCUCGGGGGGACUCGAACCUACGACCUUGCGGACGUUAGAAAUGAGUUAUGCCAGCUGAGCUAUGCCGCCCCGACUUCUUUUAAUCUCUCAAAAUUUUUUUAUUGCUUUUACGUCUCGAGAUAUAUCUAAAAUCUUUUAUACUCCUUUAAAGACCGAAAGAAAAAAAUCUAGUGAGUCAAGUAUAGUUGCCGAUGCCUCAUCAUGAGACCCAGUUUUGAAUACAGCCAAAAAAUAAGAAUAAAAAGAGCCGCUUGGGCCUCGUGGCACGAUGCGCGACCAACUUUUACGGUCACUCAAGGGCUCAUUGAACCUACCAAGAAAGGAGAGAAGAAGUUUGUGUACACUGCGCGGAGCCCUUUUUCAAGCACACUUUUCGCCUGUCAUACAAAACUGGCUUUUCGCUGAGCAACUACUAGACUUUUGUAAACCGAUUUUGUCUAAGAAAAUUGAUUUUCGUUACAAAACUGUUGGUUUUUAAGAACUGACACUCCGUAUCCCUUAUGGCUAGCAUCAAUUGGAAUUUUAAAUGCCGGUCAAUGAUAUGGAAUCGUCAUUUUCGGUACUUUCCUGAGAAAAUUAAUCAAUAAUUUUUAAUUUUUUUAAAUGUCAGGAGGAAAAUUUUCACACCGUAUCCUAUUUGGCUGAGCAUCAACUUGCUUUUUUUUUUCUGAGUAUGUUUUUUUCUCUGAAGCAGAAAGAUUUUUAUACCUUUGAGUUUUUUUUUUGUCUCUCGAUCCGUAUCCCACUUGGCUACGCAUCAGCUCUGAAAUUUGAAAAAAAUUCUAAAUGCCGAACCAGAAAAUUGCUGUAUUACAUUUAGCUUAGAAUCGGCUAAAAUACUUUUCGAGAAAUCAAGCUCAAAAGGCUUGAAACAAAGCGUCAUAAUUAUUGACACAGAACAUCUUUCCACUGAAUCAUUCCAAAUGAGACCAUUUAAUUUUAAUGAAACAUUUUUUCUCAAAUAAACAUAAUUCAUUCUUGACCCUGGUCAAGUUCCCCACAUAAGAAGUAGGCGGACCCUGAGCCAUAAGUUUGGAUUCAUGGCCCCGCCCCUUUCCGACUAUUGCUCAGCGCUCCUCAGAGCUGUUAUGAUAUUUCCUGUUUUCGUCAAUUUUGUUUUUUGAUAUUUGUCAGCUUUUUUUGAAAUUUUCAUGAAAAUAAGUCGAAAAAAAUUGUUUAAAAUUCAGAGGCUUCAAUUUAAUCGAUGAAAUUUCAAGUUUUUUGACUUUUCUUUUCAAGUUUCAUAAAAAUUUAAUUAAAGCUACCUAUUUUGACGAAUCUAUGAUUCAUUUCAAAUCAAAAGUUUACAAUAUUCAAAUUUUUUUGAUAAAAAAAUUUUUGGCUGAGUAGCUUGCAAUACGAAAACUUCUUUUUCAAAUUUUUCUGAAAGUUGAAUGCGUUUCUUUUUUUCAAAAAUCAGAAAGUUUUUUUAAUUUUUCUAAUCUCAUGAAACUUGCAGAUGAUCCCCGAAGAAGAGAAGAAGAAAGACAGAGCGGCCAGCAAAAAAUUGCGCUGCGCUUUCAAAGAAAAACGCCGAAAUAUACUCUUCAACGACGCCUUCGACACCCUCCAACAGUCGGUUUUCCUUGUCAAUCAUUAUUUCUGAGAGAAUAAUAUUUUAUUUCGAUUUUACUAAAGAGAAAUGAGGUAACGAUAUCAGAAAAAAAAUAAUUAAAAAACUAAAUUUCUUAUUCAGUAGUUGAAAAGUUCAUUUUCCUUUUUUAAAAGUUCAGUUACAAAGAAACGAAUCGAUCGAAAUGAAAAAAAGAGACAAAACAAAUUUCAGGUAACCCGACAUUGCCAACAUGUUUGAUUUUCAGCGUAAAAGUAUAAUAAUUCGAACUUUUCUGUGUUUCUUGCAUACCAUAUAGUUAUUAAUUAUUACCAGCGCCCAUUGAUUGUUGCUUUUUCCGUACGUAUCUCGACGAGACGAAUGGAAUGAUUAUAACUUCAUGCUGAAAAUCAAACGUGUUAGUAAAGUAUUUUCAAGUUCUGUAGCCUUCAUUCUGACGCUUUUUGUUUGGUUUUUUCUAACCUCAAAAAAAAAAAACGAUUGUCGAUGACUCUUUAGAGAAAAUACUUACUGAAAAAGGGAAAAAUGAGAGAAAUAUAAAAAGCUGGGUUUACGUAAAAACGACUAAGUAUUUCAAAAACUUAUAUGAAAAUGAAUGACAAAAAACGAUUUGCCAACUAAAGGUCGUCAGAUAUGACGCUAACGGUGCAUACACCCUCGACACGAAUUCGUUGAAAAUCGCUAAUUUCCAGACGUUUGCCACACGUUCCGGACUCUCCGAGGCUGCCCAAAAUUAAGACCCUACGAUUGGCCACCAGGUACAUCGAACACCUUCAAAACGUUCUCAAUGGUCGAAUUGUGAGUUUUUCUUCGCAUCAAGACAAAAUUGAGCGAAAAUUCUUAGAAAAUGAAAUUCAGAUCCAGCCGUUUGCCUCGCCUCCUCGACCUAUUGAAGUCGAAGAUUUCGCGAAUACGGUUUUUGAAAUAAUAAAAGUGCGUGUUAUUUUUCUAACUUACUUCCGUAUUUUAAUGUUAGGUUUUGAUUGAAUAAUUUUUUGAGCUUUGGAAAUGGACGCUUAGUUUCCAUAUAAGCAUUCGAGCUUUCGAGUGUUCGCUCAAGUUUUUAUUGAACUAUUAAAUUCUUUGUUUUCCAUAAUUGCUCAGCUUUCAAAAUUUUUUAAAAAAUCUUGCGAGAGCUUUUUCUAUAAUUAUUAGUUUGAUAGUUUUUGUGUAGGGCUCAGAGGAAUCAGAAUUUCCGGGUUUCUUGAACGUCUCAAUCCCCAUUUUCAGUCGCGAAACAACUACAGCGAGCGCGCGCAGCUGCUGCAGCUCGAGUCCGCGACAUCGCCCGUGACGUCAUCGAGACGCGACCGCUCCCCGCUGUCGCCGCCGUCGACGCCCAACUUCUCGCCGGACACCUCGACGUCUUCAGCCCUGGCCCCCUUCUUGGCGAUGAACCAACACGAGUUCCACCAGCAAUUCCUUAUCCCAUUGCCUUCUAUCGAAAACUCCAUGGUUUUCAAUGCCGAAUACUACGCCCCAUGGCACAUUUGUCCGGUCCAGGGAGCUCGGACUUGA